UCACAAUGCAAAAAUACUUCUUGCUGUUCGGGAUUUGUGGCGUCAAUUUCGCCGCCAAGGUCCCUAUCAUGGGUUCCGACUCCGGCGUGGACGAUAACGUUCCAACUGACUCGAUAACUGAACAGCAUCCCGAUGUUGUUCCCGUUGUUCCCGAUUCUCUCGAUGUUCCCGAUGUUCCCGCUGAGGACGAGAUAAUUACUUAUGCUAACGAAACCGUCCCCGCUUCCCGAUCUUUUUGGAACUGGAAUGACGUCGACACCUGCUCUGUUUUCGAAAGCGAUUGCUGCGACGAAAGCGUCUGUGACUAUAUGAACAAGUACGCAAACGGCGUGUGCAACACCGAGUGUAACAAGCGAGCCUGUGGCUACGAUGGUGGCGAUUGUAAUUCGAACAACAAGUACUUUAAGUUGACAAAUCAUUGUGACUUGUCGAUUGAUGUCGCUGUGCGCUACCAGAAAUACGACGGCACUUGGGAAUCAAAGUGCUGGUAUGAGAUCAAUCCGUCGUACACCACCACUCUGUAUUCCGGCACUGUCCCGCUGGUCAGCUCGAAUCGCAUCUGGUAUGUUUACGCCGAAGUAAGAAGUGGACUGUACGUUUGGGGCGGAGAUAACGAGAAGGGAUGUGGCCUGAGAACGCUCCCUUUCCGUAAAGUUACAGGCUUGGCCACGGAUUCCGCCUGGCACUACACAUUUACAUGCGGUGCCUUUUAGUGCACCUGGAAUAGGGAUUUUGGGAGAAGAAGCAACCAAAACAAAAAAAAU